AUGAACUCCAAACACUUCUUCAUUUGCCUUCUGACGUUUGCCAACGCUCUGGCCACAGAGCUGAUGCCAAAGCAAACCACCCCAUUAAGUGACCCCAGACGAAAGAUUUUCCCAUUCAUGCAAAAGGGGGUUCAGAAUUGGGACACUUUCCUACUGAGCAAAAACAAGAAAACUCUCUAUGCGGGUGCCAGAGACACUAUCUUCGCUCUUGACAUUCGCAUGGGUACCAUCAGGGUGAAGCAUGAGAUACAGUGGAGUCCAACGGCUGAUAUAAAGGAUAACUGUGCCUUGAAGGUGAAAAACAAAGAGAGGGAAUGCUUGAAUUUCAUCCGUGUCCUGGUGCAACUGAACAACACACACCUUUACACCUGCGGGACGUAUGCUUUCAAUCCCACCUGCGCUUACAUUGAUCUAACAACAUUCAGUCUGGUGAAAGAUGCAGAAGGCAAGCCCCUCCUCCUUCAAGGGAAGGGUGUCUCCCCCUAUAGCCCUCACUAUGGGAGCACCGCAAUCCUCGUUGAUGGCAAACUUUACACUGCCACCCAGGAAAACCUUCCAGGGAAUGAGCCCGUCAUCAUUCGAACCCUAGGCAGUAGUUCCGUUUUGAAGAAUGAGCACUGGAUGUCUGAUGAUGCAACAUUUGUGGCCUCCUUCAACAUCCCAACCCCCGCAAAUGACGACAAAGUCUAUUUUUUCUUUUGGGAAACAGCUAAGGAGUUUGACUUCUUUGAGAAAGUGAUCGUCUCCAGGGUUGCUCGCAUCUGCAAGAACGAUGUCGGAGGAAAAACAUUGCUGCAGAAGAAAUGGACCACCUUUCUGAAAGCGCAUCUUUCCUGCGCCAAGGAAGGGCAGUUUCCUUAUUCUGUCAUUCAACACAUGUUUGCUGUUCCACACUCAGGAGGUGGUGCAUUUUUCUAUGGGGUCUUCGUUCCUCAAUGGCAGGUGGAAGGUCUCUGGAGCUCGGCAGUCUGCGUCUUCGACCUUUGUGCUAUCAACAAAGUCUUUGAUAAUGGGAGAUACAAAGAGUUACACAAUGGCUCCCGAUGGCUGCCCUAUGAAGGGGAGGCCAUGGAUCCUCGCCCUGGCUCUUGUUCUGCCAGCCCACCGUCAGACAAAACCCUCGUUUUCAUGAAAGAACAUUAUAUGAUGGAUCAGACGAUUCAGCCACUCUAUAACCAGCCUGUGUUUGUGAAGCUCAAUGUGAAAUACACCCGGAUUACAGUACACAAAACUGAGAACAUCUUGGGAAUUCCCUACACCAUACUGUUUCUUGGGACAGACCAGGGAGCCAUUCACAAAGUGGUGGUCGUCGGCAGCGAGGCUCACAUCAUCGAGGAGAUCCAGCUGUUUGAGGAGCCAGAGGCAGUCCAAAACCUGCUGCUCUUGCCUGAAAAGGGGAUCCUUUAUGUGGGGUAUUCCAAAGGAAUCGUACAAGUCCCGUUGGCCAACUGUGGCAUUCACAAAACCUGUCCCGACUGCAUUUUAGCACGAGAUCCUUACUGUGCCUGGGAUGGAAGGAAAUGCAGUGAUAACUGGAAUAACAAAUACAAAAGCAUGGCAGGAAAGAAUGACUUUAAGCAGGAUGUUGAGACCGGGAACCCGGGCCUUUUGUGCACGCGCAGCAGUGGGAAGAGCAGAGCCUCCUCAAGGCCAAUCACCUUGAUUGCCGUAGUGGCCGUGGUUUUCUUCUGCUACCCAGACACAGUGAAAGUGAAAAGCAAAGUACAGGGGUGCAGGAGCCCCCUCAAAGCCAAUAAAACAUCCAGGCAAGAGAAAGUCCUGUUCAAUGGCAGCCAGAGCCUUCUGCAAGUGGCCCUUGCAAGAAAACUACUGACAGCUCCAACACCUGCUAUGUCAACGUGCUCCAUUCAGGCUAUCAGGGCUACCAAAAACUGCUUGGACUUGGGCCUGCCAAACAGGGAUGACUCCAGAGGAGCCGUGGCAGAGGAGAGAAUCUAGCCUGGCCUACCUGAUUCCUCACCAGCUUUCAUGAUCUCACCAGCUCACACGGGCAACCUAGCUAGAA